GAGUUCAGACUUCAGACUUCGACUUCUACGUCUCCAAUGGCGUGCUCGCUCCUCCCGCUCCACGCCCCCCUCUCCUCCCGCCCCGCGCCCAGAACCCUCCCAGUCUUCCCUCGAGGGACCAGGGUUCUGCGCCACCGUCCCCCGCCCCCGCUCCUCCCUCCGCCGCGAGCGCUCCCGGACAUUGCCGCGGGGGCCGCGUCGGGAAUUCGUGACGCGCUCGCGGACGCCUUCCUGGCGUCGCCGCCGACGUGGCGGUCCGCCGCGGCCAGCAACUUCGCCGUCUUCGUCGCCGGGUCGCCUGUACUCCUCUCCGGCCUCUCCGCCUCGGGCUUCGCCGCCGCAUACCUCCUUGGUACCCUGACGUGGCGCGCGUUUGGGCCCCCGGGGUUCCUCCUCGUCGUCGCCUACUUCGUCGUGGGCACAGCAGUAACUAAGUUGAAGAUAAAACAGAAGGAAGCACAGGGAGUGGCUGAGAAAAGAGGAGGAAGGAGAGGGCCUGGAAGUGUUAUUGGUUCGAGUGCUGCCGGUUGUGCCUGUGCUCUACUGUCAAUAUAUCAUGUUGGUGGUACAGCAUUCUCUGAGCUCUGGAGACUUGGCUUUGUUGCCAGUUUCUGUACUAAACUAAGUGAUACAGUUUCCAGUGAAAUAGGAAAGGCUUUUGGAAGAACAACGUAUCUGGUGACAACAUUUAAGGUUGUUCCAAGAGGUACAGAAGGUGCAGUCAGUAUUGAGGGUACUCUUGCAGGAAUUCUAGCGUCUGUGUUUCUUGCAAGUGUUGGUUAUCUUCUAGGGCAGGUGGGUGUAUCACAAGUCGCAGUAUGCCUUGUUGCAUCCCAGAUUGCAAAUUAUGGUGAGAGUUAUAUUGGGGCGACAUUGCAAGAUAAGGAAGGUUUUGAAUGGCUGAAUAACGAUAUUGUCAAUGUACUGAAUAUCUCCAUUGGUGCCAUAUUGGCUGUUCUAAUGCAGAAGUUGCUCGUGAGUUGGAGCUCUUGAUUUUUCCUUUUGACUUCUGCUCUCUGUAAUUUAUACUUGUGUAGUAGCUGCUAUAUUUUGCCCAUCUGAAAUGUAAUCAUAGAUUCUCAUUUGGGCCGUUCUAACUUUCUCUAGGUUCUAUUUUUUGAUAGUUGUUAUGCCUACUGUGAAAUGCAAAACUGUCUUUCCUUCUGGUA